ACUUGCGUGACGUCGUUGACGCGACUCACACCAACGACUACCGCGCUGCCGCGCUAGCGACUGAAUCACUCGUUAAUCAUUUCGCAUUCGACCGCGAAACUGCGCACGCGCAUUGUUUCAAUUAAAUUCAACUCGCUAUCGAGAAUAUUUCUACGGCACUGAUAAGAUCGUUAUAUCAUCGAGUGAUAAGAUUCGUCAAGGACUGCGUUAGGUACAUCCAGGGGAUUUAUUGCUAAGACACGAAAUAGCAUUGAUGUGGCCGUGUUAAGUGUUAAAACGAGAGACUUAUUGUGAAUUUGUGUGUGUUAUUAUUUAUCGAAUGUCCCGACACGAACCAUGGGAACGACCAAAGGACUAAAGAUAACGGUGGUCGGAGACGGUAUGGUGGGAAAGACCUGUUUGCUCUACGUGUACACGAAGAAGGAAUUUCCCGAAGAAUAUGUUCCCACAGUGUUUGACAACUAUGUUGGACACAUCACGGUGGAUGGCGAAGAAGUUGAAAUGUCACUGUGGGACACAGCAGGUCAAGAAGACUAUGAACGACUGAGGCCACUGUCUUAUACACAAACGAAAUGUUUCCUCGUUUGUUAUUCAGUUGGCAGUCGAUCAUCAUACGAAAAUGUUAUACAUAAAUGGUAUCCCGAACUAAAACAUUUCAGCUCGUCGGUACCAAUUGUAUUAGUAGCAACUAAAAUGGACUUGAGAGGAUCGGAUAAAGCCGUAGUCACAACACAGGAAGGGAAGAAAUUAAAAAAGAAAAUUCGAGCUGCCCAGUUUUUGGAAUGUUCAGCAUUAGAACGAGUUAACGUAAAUGAAGUGUUCGAAGAAGCGGCGCGCGCUGCGUUACGAAAGAAGGACGUUUACAAACGCACUUGUCAGUAUCUUUGAUAAACUCUGGAGCCUCGUUUCAUUAAAUCAAACAUGAGAGUUUUUUUGGCUAAAGUAAUGAUUACAUCAUAAUGCCAUGGAAAUUUUUCCGUAUUACUUAGUUCGCGAUAACUCUGGCGCUAUAUUUGAAGUUACUUUAUUAUAAAUACUGCCAGCUAACUUCAUUCCUUUUGUUAUUUUUUAAUUGUUUAGCAUCUCAACACCGUUUGGACUUAAUGCCCUUAUCAAUUAACUCUAUUUAUCAGUGUCAAUAUAGUGAUUAAUGUUGAAGUGUAUAUUAGUAAGAACAAUCACAUAAUAUUUAUAGUAAAAACAAAAUACAGUAUAAAUAUAGAACCAUGAACAGUAUUUAGAGAUUAACGAGAGAUGUAUAUUUAUUUUAAAAACAUAAUUUAUAUUUGAAACAUAGUAUUUGUACAUAUAAAUGAGUUGUUAAUACGUCUAUUUUAAGUGUGAUUGGAUUUGAUGGCUAGGUAUCUAUUACCAAUGUAUUAUUUGUAAGAUAGUCUGUAUUGAUGGCAUAAAAACCUGUUAAGAAAUUCUUAUUUAGAAUUAAAAAUGCUGGUAAUUGCUAAAAUUUUUAGCUGGUUAAAACUAUGAGUAUAAUUUUAAAAGUAAUUACUAUUAAUAUUACAAGUAUCAAACAUGGUACUUAAAGACCAACUACUGUACCAAAAAUUUUAUUAUUUGUAGGUAAAAAAUAAACGACAAAUGUUACGUA